GACACCUGGCGCGUUGCUAUUGUGCUGAAGCCCGGCCUACUCCGGUUCACAGCCUUUGGUUCAUACUGUUACUUAUGCGUAAGGCUCCAGCAUGGCCUACAAAGGGGACAUGGUGAUGCUGGGAGAACCAGGGCAGAAAGGGAACAUGGGGACUAAGGGAGAAGCAGGUGGCCCAGGGGAGCCAGGAGAGAGAGGAAUCCAGGGACCUUUUGGGCUUCCAGGCCGUCGUGGAGAACAGGGGAUCAAAGGCGAGAUGGGAGAACCGGGAAAGGAUGGAGUCGCCGGAGAGAAGGGAGACAAGGGUGAAGCUGGGAAGCCUGGGCCGCCCGGGUCACCUGGAAGCAUUGUAUCAUCUCUGGAGAACAGCAUCACCAACAAAGGCGAUAAGGGAGAUCCAGGGGAUACAGGCCGGAAAGGAGAGAGAGGCCCUCCAGGUCCCAGGGGGCUGGAUGGUCUCCCAGGGCCUGCAGGUGGGACUCUGCUGGAUAACAUGUCAGAAAAGGGGACAAAAGGGGAAAAGGGAGAUCCAGGUCCACCCAGCAAAGGAGUGGAGAUCAAGGAUCUGGAGAGACUUUUUGAAGCCUAUGGGAUCAAGCUGGCACUGCUGAAGGAACUGACCGAUCUUCUCCUGAGGGAUGGGCUUGAAGCGCUGAUCCAGCGGCGAGCCAGCUCUGGGAAAGGCAAGCCUCCCAAGAAAAAAGAGGGAUCUAUGCAAGCUACAGACUAUGCUGCUUCGUUGAAGUAUGAUUUUUCUAGCAACCCUCUUACCAGUAUAGAAGUCACUGAAGAAGACCUGAGUAUUGAUGUUGGGCAUCAGCUUACAGUUCCAGCAGCUGUAGGACAACCUACUAAGGCUCGGCAGAGCCCAGCUGGUCUUGCUCUGAGGUCAGAACCUCCCGCACUGGGAAACCUUUCUGCAGACACACCAGAGCCCUUGAAGAAGAGGAGGAAAGAGAAAGACGUGAGCAGACCUGAUCAUUCAAUGGGCAACAAUGGUUCUUCUGAAGCAGCUGAUAUAGUCCUCCCAGACAUAAAGCAGGAAAAUGCAGAUCCAGUUGACGGCCCUGAGUUAACGAGCCAUGUUAGAGUCAGAAGAACAGCUGAGAGACAGAGGCACAUGGUUAACUCACCUGGCACCACUGGAGUUCAGAAAUCCCCGUCUGGAUAUGUGACAUAUCCAAGACCUCAAGCCGCAAGGGGGAUCAAGAAGCAGGAGUCAGACAUGGUGGAUCCAGAACUGGAGCCAUUCCAAGGUCAAAAGGGAGAAAAGGGAUCUCCCGGAGCCAGGGGAGACAAAGGAGAAAAGGGCACUAAAGGAGACAGAGGAGAAAAUGGUCAAAAGGGAGAACCAGGAAUUGGGUUCAGAGGCCCCGUUGGUCAGGCUGGGUCCCCUGGGCAUAAGGGGGAGCCCGGGGCCCCUGGACCUCCGGGAGUGCAGGGCAUCCAGGGUAUUCGUGGCAACCCUGGCAUUCCAGGAUCACCGGGAGAGAGAGGACCCCCAGGUCCACCAGGCAUGCCAGGGCAGAAGGGGGAACGCGGUAAGAGAGGCAGGAAUGGAUCCACUGGGCCGGCAGGACCUCCAGGGCCCCCGGGAAAACAGGGGAUCCGAGGGCUGCCCGGGACCAAUGGCAACAAGGGGGAGAUUGGCCUCGGUGUGGCAGGUGCGAGAGGUCCCCGUGGACUGCCUGGCCCUGGGGGGGAGGAGGGCAUUGCAGGAGUCCGAGGCCCCACUGGCAUGAUGGGUCUGAAAGGCCUGCCCGGAGCGAAAGGAGAAAGAGGUGAUCGUGGCCUCCUGGGACCCAAGGGAGAAAGAGGUGACCCCAUUACUAUUUUUGGACCUCAAGGCUAUAAAGGCAACAAAGGAGAUGCGGGUGAACGGGGCCUGCCAGGCUUUGAUGGAGACAAAGGCGAGAAAGGGGAAGAUGGGCCUGCAGGAGAAAAGGGGGUCAAAGGAGAGGCAGGUGCGAAAGGGGCCAUGGGGCUGUUCGGCGCCAGAGGACCAGUGGGGCAGAAGGGAGAACCCGGAGAACCUGGCCUGCCUGGAUUUGCUGGCAUGGCUGGCCUGGAUGGGAAGAAUGGAAUCAAAGGAGCUAAAGGCGACAGAGGUCUGCAGGGUCAAAAGGGGGAACCGGGAGCGGAAGGUGAUCCUGGUAUAACUGGAGACCUUGGACGGAAAGGAUCUAAGGGCUUGCGUGGUUUUCCCGGGUGGAUGGGUAGCCCUGGUGCAGAUGGAAUAAAGGGUGAGAUUGGCAGCCCUGGAAAACCAGGGAUACCAGGGUCAGAUGGACUGCUUGGGCCAAAGGGUGAGCAAGGAAUGUCAGGUGCAGAUGGCCCCAUGGGAGUUUCUGGGGAGAAAGGAGAAAAGGGGGCCAAGGGAGUUCCUGGCUUGGGCGGAUUUAAAGGGCAGGUUGGAUUGCCGGGGAAGAUUGGUGUGGCUGGACCACCUGGAUCUCAAGGACCACAGGGUGACCCAGGACCACAGGGUGCAAGAGGUAGAAGAGGAAGACCUCAGCUCUGCCUCAGGGGUCCUGCAGGUACUCCUGGCAACAAAGGAGAAAAGGGAGAAAAUGGUCCAGCUGGUGUGAAAGGAGAGAAAGGAGAUCCUGGCCUUUCUGAAGAAGAAGUGAAGGAUGUGGUCAGGAGCGAAAUGAGUGACAAAUGCGUUUGUGCAGGUGAGUUGGGACGAAUGCCCAUAAACAGCGACCUGGGUGCAGACUCUCCAGGAGAAAUCAGCAGGAAUAUCAAAGAGAAUUUUCAAUCGCCAGAACUCAUCGGGAAGGCCGAUGAAGCUCAACAAGAAUUACUUAGUGAAAUACAGAAUACAACUGAACCAGAGAUGCCUAUCAUGGAAUCAACUCCAUUUAUGCCUGCUCCCAGUGAUAAGCAGCUAAUGGCUCAGGCUCGGCGCGAGCAGCGACAUGCCCGCCGCCCAUUAGAAGACCCUUGUCGGCUGCCGAUGGACGAGGGCUCCUGCCUGCACUACACGUUGCUCUGGUAUUACCAUGGAGAGGCCAACGCCUGCAGGCCGUUCGUGUUUGGAGGCUGUGGCGGGAACAGCAAUCGGUUUCAAUCCAAACUAACAUGUGAGCGUUGGUGUAAAAUCACAACAGGAAGGUGACUGGCUGCAGACAGGUGAUAUAAAUGAGAAGGGAGCUGCAGGAGGUGAAUCCAGGACAGCUCAGAGGUUGGAAAUACAGCAAGAUGAGCCAUUUAACACAAAGAGGUGGUAGAUGUUAGUUCUGCAAACAAGGAGAUCGUUAUGGUUAUGGAUAUGUAAUGAAUCGGACUGAUAAGGGACUCUUUUGUUUGGCUGGAAAAGCUGAAGUGUUCAGAGGCGCUUGACGGUCCCAUUCAUACUGUGCAAAACCCAACACACACCUAAAUGUUCUUUUAUUUUUUAAAAUAAAACUGUAGGUUAAGCCAACCUUGCCUAAUUCCAGUCA